AUGUCGUUUAAUGUGUCAUUCUAUAAAAAUGUAUUUUUACUUAUGCAAGUUGUGCCUGCAUCUUUUGAAUGUACAAAACACUUUAAGAAGGGAAUGUUUAAUAAACCAAAUACCUCAGGUUUUAUUUAUAUUUCACAUUAUUUAUUAUCUGUAUAUGAUGCAAAACGUUUUCAAAAAAUGGUUGCAUGGCCACUUAUGAAUAAAAUGGAUGAGAAAAGAUACCGUAUGCAAGUAAAAGAUUACUUGGAAAUUUUAGCAAGUGAAAAUAUAGAUAUAAAUUUUCCAUCAAUAUUUAUGUCUCAUUUAUUGCAAGCAGGAGGAACAAGGUUUUCAAUUAUCAUGUGGAAACUAUCAGAAAUUAGUCUUAGAGCUUAUCUUAAAAGAAAAUAUCAAAUAACAGUAUUACAUGCUCCUAAUAUUGGCGAUACCAGGGAUGUAACUCAAAUAUAUUUAACCACUAUAAAUGUUCAAAAGAUUGCUACUAUUUCUAAAUUUUAUGACAAAACAAAAUCAACUAUGGAAACCUUUGAAAACUAUAUGCAAUAUAAAUCUAGUGAUUUAAAAAGAAUACAGACAGCUAUCUUUGAUAUACAAGAAAAUAUAGAAAAGUUUGUACCUAUGCUUCCAGUUAGUCCCUUAAUUGCUACACGAUUAAUACAUACUGAUGAUACAGAAAUUAUACACUUGUGGAAGGAAAGUAUUGAGCAAAAUAUUAAGAUUUUAUCUAAAAAAAAUUGUAUACUUAAAGAACUAAAAGCUCUUAGUAGUACAUUAGAUGGUUUUAUUUCAAAUUUAUGUGUAAAUCAUAAGAUUUUUAAUGGGAGUGAUUUUCCAAAAGUAAACAGUGAAAUACUCCCACUGUGUUUAAUUAAUCAUAUCCAGCAUAUUAACAAUGGAUUAUACAUGAAUGGAUGCUUAGUAUUUCAUGUUUUAUUAUCAAUACUUGAUGAAGCACUAAAACAUGUAGAAUGCUACUUAAAAGUGGAUGUUGUACCAGAAUUAUCAAACUGUGAACAAAAAAUAAUUGAACAUUGUAAAACAAUCAAGUGUAUGGAACAAGUAUUUCAGAAAGUUACAACACAAGUUUCUGAGGAUUUAUACAAUGUACAACAUAGUUGUGAAAACAAAACUAUAAACCAUACAUUAGAAACAGAUUUCUCAUAUCCCAUGAGUUUAGAAACAAUUUUAACUUCACCCAGAUUUAAUUUCUCCACUAGUAAAUGUACAGACAAUGAAAAGUUAUUAAAAACAAUGUGUAUCUCUCCAUUGCAAGGGAAAUAUAAACAUUUGUUUAGAAGAUAUAAACGUGAACCCUGUAAGUCACCUAGAAAAUUAAUACCAAAAUAUGACUUGAAUGAUAGUUUAGAAAGUUUCACAGAAAAUUGGAAAUCUCCUCAAAGACAAGUAUUAAUUUGCAAGAAAAAUUCACCUAGCAAAACAAAAGUCUCUCCAAGAUUUUCUCGAUUAUUUUUUAAUAAUAGUGAUUCAAAAAGAAAGUACUUCAAAGAUAAUAAUGUAGCAUCUACUCCAUUAUUACGAAAAAGUACAACACCAAAGAAAUCUAAUAACCAAAUCUCACACAAACAGGCAGUGAACAUAGAUUCUGCAAUGAAAGAAAUUUUCGAUCUCUCUUGCAAAAUUACAGAUGUUGUAGCUUCUUUGUCAAAAUCUUGA